UUCCAGCCGCCUCCCCAACAUGACAUGAGGGCCCAUCGCACCAUGCGUACUAGCAAGAACAAACCGGCUUGAGUGGAGCUACUACUCGACAACGUCAGGGCUGACGACAACUACUAAAUAGCUGUCAUUUGAGAGAUAAAGUGCAGACAAAACGGCGCUUUGGGGUCCUGAAUAGACAACGGAAGAAAUGGCGGACGACCCCAACGCAGCGGAUAGGAACGUGGAGAUAUGGAAGAUAAAGAAGUUGAUCAAAAGUCUGGAAGCUGCUCGGGGGAAUGGCACGAGUAUGAUAUCCCUGAUCAUCCCACCUAAGGACCAGAUCUCCAGAGUGGCCAAGAUGUUGGCUGAUGAGUUUGGCACUGCAUCCAACAUUAAAAGCAGAGUCAACAGGCUCUCUGUGCUUGGAGCCAUCACAUCUGUACAGCAGAGACUCAAACUCUACCAUAAAGUGCCUCCCAACGGCUUGGUUGUGUACUGUGGCACCAUUGUGACUGAUGAGGGCAAAGAGAAAAAAGUCAAUAUUGACUUUGAGCCUUUUAAACCAAUCAACACUUCUCUGUAUCUCUGUGACAACAAGUUCCACACAGAGGCUCUUACAGCAUUGCUCUCAGAUGACAGCAAGUUUGGUUUCAUUGUGAUUGAUGGAAGUGGCGCCCUCUUCGGAACCCUACAGGGCAACACCAGGGAGGUGCUGCAUAAGUUCACAGUGGACCUACCCAAGAAGCACGGCAGAGGAGGACAGUCUGCCUUGCGUUUUGCUCGUUUGAGGAUGGAGAAGAGACAUAACUACGUGCGGAAGGUGGCAGAGACGGCAGCCACGCUUUUUUUGUGCAACGACAAGGUCAACGUAGCAGGCAUGGUCUUAGCUGGUUCAGCUGACUUCAAGACGGAGCUCAGCCAGUCAGACAUGUUUGACCCGAGGCUUCAAGCUAAGAUCCUGAAGCUGGUUGACAUAUCAUAUGGUGGGGAGAAUGGCUUCAACCAGGCCAUUGAACUGUCCGCAGAAGUGCUUACCAAUGUCAAAUUCAUCCAGGAGAAGAAACUAAUAGGACGAUACUUUGAUGAGAUCAGCCAGGAUACGGGGAAGUACUGCUUUGGGGUGGAAGACACACUGAAAGCCAUGGAAAUGGGUGCUGUUGAGAUCCUGAUUGUUUAUGAGAACCUGGAUACCAUGAGAUACAUCCUACGUUGCCAUGGAGCAGAGGGACUUGCUAUGGCGGAGAAGGGUACCGAUGAGAAGACGUUGUAUUUGACGCCAGAGCAGGAGAAAGACAAGUCUCACUUCACAGACAAAGAGACUGGUCAGGACCAUGAGCUGAUCGAGAGCUUGCCAUUACUUGAAUGGUUCGCCAAUAGCUAUAAGAAGUUUGGAGCCUGUCUGGAGAUUGUCACUGACAAGAGCCAAGAAGGAUCCCAGUUUGUAAAAGGCUUUGGUGGAAUUGGUGGGAUCUUGCGGUACAGGGUGGAUUUCCAGGCCAUAGAGUACCAAGGAGAAGACGAUGAGUUAUUUGAUUUGGAUGACUACUAGGUAGUUGAGACUGACGUGAGGGGAAAAAAAUAUUCAUCAAUUGGAAGGCUUUCCCUGAUUUGACCAAGACUGGUGGAGGGAAAGCAAGUCAUCAGGAGAGAGACCUAGACCUUCAAACAAAAGAGAUAGACGUGAUACCGUAUAUCAAUGGAUCCCUGACUUGAAGCAGUGACUCCAUCUCCUGUUUGGAGGGAGCUUGUCUUGGUUUGUUUCUCUCCACUUAAUGACAGAUUCAAAGUGACUGACAGCAAGGCCAUGCUCCUCCUGCCUGCUUGGCCUGCUUUAGGCCACAGUGAUAGAAACCUGUUUUUCUCAUCACUCCCUACUUUCUUCUUAUCAAUGCAAUUUCCCUCUAUCUUUUUUGUCUUUUUUUACUGGUACUUGCUGCUGUUGAGUUUUAUGAGAUUCUGAUUAUUUUGUUUUCAUUUUUUAAAUAAAAUGUAUGUAGUGGGCAGGGAAAAAAUAAUUCAAUUGGAACUGCUUGACUUCCAUAUCCUGCCUCCUAUCUUUAAUUCAGUAUCUGCUUUGUUUUGUCCCAUUUUCCCCUCUGGUAAUUUAUCCACUGUUGCAGGUGCUGUACUCUGAGCCUAUACUGUUCUCUUGUACCUGUUUUCAUUUUGAGGACCUGUGUCCUUUAUUACUCAUACAGACUUCCCAGAGCUGAGAUUUAGAAUUGUACAGCUACAUUGUCUGUUUUUAUAUUGCCUUGUACACUACACACCCUAACCAAUCUGUCUCAUUCAGUAUAAUGAACCAUGCCCUCAGUGCAGUGCACCAUGCAUACUUUCAUGUUCCCCAGAGGCAUCUGUGUCCAAUGUUAACUGUGAUUGAUUGUCUGAAUUGCACAGUGACAGGAAACUGACCAAUCUGAGAGCUAGUGUGGUUGUUGUUAGGCAGUUGUGUGUGGCUUGACUUCCAGGCAUAUUACUGGUAUGAGUAAUCCUCUAGUUCUAUCGACAUCAAUUGAAACUUGAAUGUGGAUACUGCCAAUACAAAAGUUGAGUGCAGCCCCUCUCCCCCCCUUACUGUUACAUACUGUUGGAUUGAAAGACUCCUGCCAAGCUCUGUUUCUCCCUACCAACAAGUCACAGAACAUUUUGGUCAGAGGCACUGGAUGUUUAUUUGGGGGUAUUUGUGGCUUGCAUGGUCUAAAAAAAGAAAUUGUCAGCCUGAAUGUGAGCUAUAUAUAUAAAAAGAAGAAGCUUUAAGGGCCUUGACUAUUGUCUGAAUCUGGCACGUAAGAAUGGUGUGUUGUGAUGGUUCUGCAUAGUUCAUUUUGGGGCACAGUGAGCAGUUUUAUCUAGUAAUGAAUGGGAUGAGUCUACUUUGCAACAUCAAGCCCAUAUUAUGACAUUUUCUAGAUUUCAUCUAUUCAUCUGUCACCAUUUUGUAUGAGACGUAUUAAAUGUCCUCAUUGUUUGCAA